CAGAAUGUAUGCUCUAUUCAUCGUCGCUUCAUUCGGGCUAUUCUCGGUGGUAUUUGGCUUCCACAACGGAGCACCAACAAUUUCAACGGUAUGUACCAAGCUGUUACCUUACCACGGCUACCCAACACAAUCAACAGCCGCACCAUACACAAUUUCAUACGACCCUACAAGUUACUCCCCUGGCAGUUUUGUGACCGUGUCCAUUACCGCCAAUUCGGGGAGGAGACAGCGACAUAACUUCAAGGGAUUCCUGUUACAAGCCAGGGAUUCAAGUGAUAGGCUGGUUGGAGAGUUCCUUGGGCCACCCGGUAACACUAAAACAGUUAAAUGCUCAAACCCAAAGGAUUCCUUCACGCACGCUUCCAAUCACGCCAGACGUUCGGUGACUAUUACAUGGAAGGCACCCGCAGAGGACGUUGGCCCGGUUACGUUCAGGGCUGGAGUUGUGGCCGACUAUUUCAGGUAUUGGGAUAACGUGAGGAGUGCGCCAAUGCCGUCGUCAUAACUUGAAUGUGACAAGAGAAGAAAUCUAUAUGUGCAUACAAACAAAUUCGUGAAAAACAAUUCCUAAAAACAACUUUAGAGGAGUUCAUAGGUUUUUUAUCAUAUUACACAUCCUUGAUUUAUGUCUACAAUCUGAUCAUAACACGUCGGGAGAUCCAGGGAACAAUGGGAACUUACAGAUGGAGUGCAAAUUGCAUCAGGCCAGUAGCCGUGGUGGGGGCUUCGAAUUCAAAAUCAAAACCACCUGGCAUUAUGUAAAAAUUGACCCCCUGGCAAAAGCUAGCUGCAGGCAUGUUGUAUUGAGAGGUUCUUCUUUCAUGUAAAACAAUUACAGUAAUUGAAAAACUACAUCAGUACUAACGUAAAUAACUAUUAUUAGUAAACUACUAUUCGAAAAUGAGAUCACAGACGUCGUGAGAUCGAAGGAACAAUACCUGAUCAUGGCAAAGUACAUUGAAAAACUAUUUGUUUGAGGAAAAGUUUAGAUGUAAUUUCUAAAGCAUUUAAUUUGAAUUACAUAUAGUUAUGCUGUAACCUCUUCACGUGUGUAGCUACUCCACGAUAUAGCC